ACAUUUUCUUGAUGGGAGACUUACUUGGAAAUAAAAGGCCAAUAUAUUUUAGGCUAAAGACAGCAAUUAAAAGCUGUUCUUUAUAAAUAGGCAAAUAUUGUCUGUUGAGUGCUCCUUACAGAGGUAGCACUAAGUAGAUGGCAAUUCCAAGGUCAUUAAUAUGAAUGCUCUCCUGAUUGCUCCUUACUUAAUCAGCUUCAUGAACCAUUCUGACGAUUUCCAUAUAAAUAAUGGCACUGGAGAAAUCUCUCUCUGCAAUAACCUGGACCACAUCACAGCUGACACAGUUGUUACCCUGACAGUUGUUGCCACUGAUCAUGGACUUCCUCAGCUUACCUCAACUGCCUCUGUUACUCUCUACUUGCUGGUAGAUGACACCAGCUUUGGGCUGACUUUUGAGAGCUCCAGCUACGAGUUCAGCAUUGAGGAAAACAAAUCCCCAGGGACUGCAGUGGGCUCUGUGAAGGCUCUGACUGGAAGCAUAGCUGUGCAGGUUGGAUACUCCCUGAAAUCCCACUGGGACAAGUUCUCCAUCGGAGACCAAGGAGACAUCGUGGCCCUGGUCUGGCUGGAUCGGGAAGAAGGAGACCUGUACAGCAUCCUUGUGGAAGCUGUGGAUUCUCUGGUGCCACCCAACACAGCUGUUGCUCUGGAGACAUUACCAUCUGGAGAUAUUGUCAACUUCACAGAUUGUGUCACUCCCUGA